CCACAACACAAAGUACAGGUGAUUUCCUUGUUUCCCAUAUCUCCCCGGCCAUCCGCUAGGUUCUUUUUCGACAACGAAUUCUGCCCAAAUUCUUUCUCGCAGAUAUCGCUGCCGGGCAGCAGGAGCGCAACUUUUCAAUGAUUCGAGUCCGUCGAUAACGACACGCCGGAUCGCAUUGUUGCGAGAUCAAUGUCGGCACCAGCAAGAGGUGCUCGUGGUGCGCGAGGGACCCGUGCUAGAGGUGGCUCUCGAGCGGGCACGAACAGCUCACGCUCGAAGGCUUCGGAUGGCAAUGACAGCGAUGCCGGGUCGACGGCACGUAAAAUCGUGCCUCGAGGUCGCGGACGAGGCGCCACCGUACAAAGUACGAGCAGAGGCAUAGCGCAAGCCCUUCAGCAGGUCGCUAAGCAGCAGAAUGCCUCCAGAGGCUCAAAGACUACAGGACGUGGAUCUAAAGCGGGCGCUUCUCACUUAGAGCGGAACGCAGCCGAUCUGGGAAGCAAGAGCAACAGCAAUGAGACGCCUGAUCAGCGAUUUCAGCGUCUAAAAGCGCAAAGAGAGGUUGAGCGAACACAAGCGCAGAACAAAGGUCUGAUAUCUGGCGACAAAGCUGUUGAUCUGAAAAAUGCAGUUACUAUUGUCGGGACUUGCCAGGAAAUGUGCUCGGAGUUUGAAAGGGCACGGAGGAUACUGCAAAAGGAUGUCGCGGGUCCAGAACGAAUUACUAUCGAAAAGGACAACGGAGAGAUUGAGCGUGUGGUAGAUGAGAGUAAAAUGGUCAAGAAGUUUCAGAGAUCGGCUGCCGGUAUUGACGAGCAACUCCCUUCUGAUUUACGGCCGCCCGAGGUUCUACUCAAGACCACCAACUAUUUGUUCAACGACAUUUUAUCGGAUGAAGAUUCGUUACAGAAAGCCAAUAUGUUCAUCUGGGACCGUACGCGGGCUAUACGCAACGAUUUCUCGAUACAACAGGUCAAGAGAUUGGCAGACGUGCGGAUAGCAAUCGAAUGCUAUGAAAAGAUCGCCAGAUACCACAUUCUAUCGCUACACCAAAUUGGCGGAAGAGGGCCGGAGUACGCUGGACCCGACUACAACUGGCAACAAGAUCGAGAACAGCUUGAUAAGACACUGUUGUCUUUGCUCACAUACUACGACCACGUGAAGCUGCGGUAUAGAUCACCCAACGAGGUGGAAUUCAGAUCGUAUUGGAUUGUCUUCCAAAUCGGCAAUGUCACCGAUUCAGUAGAAGAGAAGGUGCAGUCGUGGUCCCAUGACGUAUUGAAGCAUCCGCGUAUUCAACGAGCACUGGACAUAUACGCGGCAUCUAGCGAUGUUAUCAGUCCGAAGGGCCCUUUGCGACCAUUCGCAUAUCUUGCAGUCGCACAACAGAAUUGGCAAAAAUUCUGGAAUCUCGUUGGAUCGAAGCAAACUUCAUAUCUCAUGUCCUGUGUUGCCGAGAUUGGCUUCAACGUGGUCCGCAGAGCGGUUCUGACCACAAUUUCCAUGACAUACAACCCUGGGGGGAAGAAAGAAGUGCAAGACUGGACAUUAGAAAAGAUGACGGAAGUGCUUGGCUUUGACGACGAAUACGUGACAAGGGAUUUUAUUGAGCAGUCAAAUCUCAUGAUUGGGGAAACGAACGACGGGACUGACUAUCUUAAACUCACUAUCCGACAGCUUGAUGGUCUACCCGAGCCCUCGGCUGAGCUGCCAAAGCAACUACACUCUUGGCAUUUGGUGGAACGCAAAAGAUUCGGACGCUCAUGGCCAGCGGUGAUUGCUGGCUUGUCUUUUAAAGAAGCUAAAGAGAACGGGAUGUUGGUGCCGGAUUGGAAUGAAGAGGCCAUGGCUCAUUAUGGUCAAGAUCAUGAACUUUUUGUCGACGGUUCUGAUGCGGAGCAAACCAUUACUCCGAAGGAAUCUGCGCAAAUUAACCCGUUCGCCUCGGUCUUUGCGCCGACUCGAGCAGCAGAAGAGAGGAAGCCAGGCGCAUCAAAUUCGUUUGGUCAACCUUCCGCUUUUAACCAGCCCUUGACGAGCGUGGAGCAGACGACGACGACGCCAUCUUCCUUUGGACUUCCGUCGUCGACACAGCAAUCAUCUGCUCCAACAGCACAAACAUCCAUCAGUACAUUUGGCCCAUUACCUAAGGCAUUCAACUUCACUUCUUCACAAGCGUCAUCCCAGGCAUUCGUGAACCCAUUUCCGACGAGUAAAGCCUCACAAGUGACAACAGAAGCACCGACCACGAACCCACCAAAUCCGUUCAACAACUUUGCUUCGAAAACAACGACGGAGAGCUCGAAAGAUUUGUCAAAUCCUUUCGCGAACGCUUCAACUUCAACUACCACCACGAGCAAACAGGAGGCAUCGAACCCUUUCUCAGCUUUUGUCGCACCGAAGACUACUUCUGUGCCUUUAGUUCAGAUUACACCUCCAGAGACAAAGGAUGACAAAGCGAGUGCUGGGGCAUCGAAAAAGGUGACGUUUGACCUUCCAUCAUCUCCUCCUGGUAGACUGGCAUUUGGUACAACGUCUGCUCCUGCUUCAUUGGCCACACCAUUUUCCUUCGCCAGCAACUCUACAACCGGACCAUCUCAGAAAGAGAGAGGGGGUAUCUUGAAACUUAGCGCCGCGGCGAUAACACCGACAAAAGUUGGCGGAAACGAUUUAGAUGCCAAUUCUGCGCAAUCUGUCCAGCCAACUGCUACCACUUCGACGCCUCCCGCGACAAGUGCCUCCAAAGUUCAGGCUCCACCACUUAACCCUUCUACGCAAUCGCUUUUAUCGACGUUCGAGGCUUCUAAACCAAGUUCCUCUUCAGAUUCAGGUCCAAUUAACGUUCCAAGCGCGCCACAGACUGUGAAGACGUCAUAUUUACCGGACCCACCAAAAGCUUCUGCACUUUGUUCAACUCCAGCAUUGUUGUCAAACAUUGCUACCGAAGCCAGGCUAUGGGAAGAGACCCGGAAGACAAAAGCUAUGGACUAUUUAGCUGAACAGCUUGUCUGUGAUCCUGAUCCAUUCCGGGGGUAUUUCAAACAGUACGUUGCAAAGAUUGCAGAGCCUCUCAUCAAGGAAAUCAUUGAGCAAGAAGAGGCUCGAACCAAUCUCAAAUUAGCAACCAAGUUCAGGAGGAAAAGGCUCCAAAUCCGAUACGGUUACUUGUGGAAGCGGAAUGCAGCUAUGUUAAAAAGCAGGAGAAAACGACUAGAAAUGAAGCAGAGAAAUGCGGAGGCUAGAUUGAAGAGGUCGUCAUUUCCUUGCGCUCCAGGGAAUGGAGUAACGAGCGUCAAAGUAAGCUUGGACGAAGAGUUUGCAGCUUUCAAGGCAAGGGAACAAAACAAACGUAUCCAGAAGGAAGAGGCCACGGAAAAUGAGCAAGAACGUCUGCGACACAGCUCGAGGGAGGAGAACUCUCAGUACACAGUCCAAAAAUCAGGCACUAAUAGCUUCGACCAUAUUGGCCAACGUCAUGUUGAGCCUAAUCCUUUGCCACUAUCAUCGACUCAACUUACAGUUGAAGUUGGUGCAUUGCGUGGACAUCAAAGGUCGCAAACACAACCACACGCGGAAGUUCACUAUAGCAAUCUAAGCGGUCUCUCGAAUUCACCGAAGGAAGCUAGCCCUCCGUUAAGCAUUUCGUCGGACCGAUCAUCGCGUAUGCGAGCUUCGUUGAUUAAUGGUGGCUCUAUGGUUGAUACGGGCUUUGGGUUAGGUAUGAAAGCCAGUAGCAUGCAAUCCCCAUAUUUUCGUCUUAAGGCUGCUGGAUUCGGACCGACUUGGAAAAGCAGCACGGCCCCAAGUGUCACGGGCAUGAAGCGGCCACGAUUGAGCGGCGACGAUAUUUUGGCUAAUGGUUCCACGUUUGACGGCUUGUCAUCUUCCGUGACUGCCAAUAAACGACUUCGAAGCCCAGCAAACUUGUCUUCGUUAGGCUCACCAGUGGCACCAGCGCCAGACAGUAGUCUAGCUGCAUCUUUUGGAUCCUCCAAUUCCUCCGUUGGUGCGUACAGACGAUCCGCCAAAGACGAGGAGCUCCUUGCAAGGGCUCGAAAGAUUCGUGAAGCUCUUGAAGAGGGCGAAAAUUGGUUCAAGGAAGAAGUCCAAAGGGACGAAUUACGACGUUCCCAGGAGCUGCAUCGGUCCCAGGCAGAUACAUUGCCACCACCUUCAACUGCCUCGUUGACAGGACCAAACGGAGAGGACCUCUCUAAGCUGCCGAAGUUCUACAGCCGCGUGAGCAGGUUCGUACCCAGAGAGGAAUAUGGUAUUAGGAAGGAGAAGAGGGGAUCCAAGGACGAGUCAAAGGGGAAAGAGAAGAGUGAUUUGAACGGUCUUGGCAAUGGUCUUGCUGGACGAGGUCGCCAAGCAGCAUCAUCUGCACCUGCAAAGUCUUCUCCAUCAAAGGGAGGAACAUCCUGGGAUGAUGCGAUCGAACUAUAAUAUGGUGGCUUUUUACAAUUCUUUGUCAUGGAGGAUGGGCCGAAUCUGCCUUGGCAUUCUCAAAUGUAUGCGCCCGCAUAGCGAUGGAGUUGUGAUUAAUUGUUCCCUGCUACUAAUAACGAUAGCGCAACGCAACGGAACCUGAAGAGCAUUCAUAUCAGCACGCGGAGUUUGGAAGGAAAUUUUUGGAUGCGGAAGCGUUCAGCGCUUGCCGCCGACUGAAUCAGAGAUACCCGAUUCUGUUCUUUAAAGCGCUGGCCACACAUUUUGUUUUGUCUUAACUCUUUAACUUAAUUUUGUGUACAUGAGGUCGGUACGCAGAGUAUACUUGGUACCAGCGACGACGUCUUCCCCAGAAUGAGGCAAAUUGCGAUGCUGGAAGAUAAGCACUCGGCCUGUCUUAGGCUGGAUGUCCAUGUAGCAAGACCUGCGGAACGAAUGGAACCUUGUCGCGCCCCCUUUCAACAGCGGUUCGAUUUCAGUAGAUGUCUCGUCGUUGAGAUACAGGUGUAGCGUAAAGUAGGAUCUCUCCUUGCGGUCUGGGGUCUCGUAGAUGCCGUCUGUAUUGAAAAGUAUUAGCUUGCGCAGUGUGCAAGACAUCCGGGAGGUUCGCAAACCACAGUGUCUCUUGAAAUACUCUC